AUGAGCGCGCCCAUCAACUUCACGACUGGGCCAUUUGCUGGUUGGACAGUGCGCGUGGAAUUGAAAGAACUACAAAAGGCGGAUAUGGGUCGCAAGUAUGGACAGAAAGAUCGCAGGCCUCUCGACCCGCCCCCUGUUCUCCAACUACGGUUCUACCGCGUGUUCAACAAUGGGACCGCACAUCAGUGGGAGCAUGAAAUCGAUGCCUACACAGAUAACAUUGGUAUAGGCUGUGUUUGCCAUGUUGAUCUGUUUCGCAGCCCUCCUGAAUCGAAGCCCGCGAAAAGUAAUCACCGCCUGCAAGCCCCACGAACUACCAAGGAGAUGGCUAACGUUGAAGGGGCGUCAACUUACACGACAUUGCUUGUGGGGACGCGGGCUGUGUCAGCAUCAUGCGUUUACCAUGAAGGCAAGAAAAUAUUAGCGUUCGUCUUUUCGGAUCUAGCCGUUAGAGCGGAGGGUUCAUUCUUCUUGCGCUACAGGGUCUUCGACAUCAUGUCAGCGGUCACUGGUGGCACGCAACACCCCGCGCUCGCAGAGGCUUUCGGUGGUACAUUCCAGGUAUACUCCACCAAAAACUUCCCCGGGCUGCAAGCCUCCACGGAUCUCACAAAGGUGCGCUGA